AUGACCUUGAAGCCCGGGGUUAAGGGUUUCUUGCAACUGGGAGAUUCCUUCAAAGCUCCAAGAUGGAGGGAAGCUCUGAUCAUUAGCAUUCAAAAGCCUUGGCUGCAGGUAUUAGUCAGCUGCCAGCCCGAAGAGGUAGAAGUUACAGGGUUGACUUUCCUGGAGCAUGGCAACGGGAACUUUUGUCUGGUGGAAGCUCAGCAGCAUCAGCUUCUGAGCGGUGUGACAGAGGAGUUCAAGGCUUUGGGUUGCGACACUGCAGAACUUCUGCGAGCUGGAUUGCUUCUGAUCACAAAUUCAGAGGAGGAGCUGCACUAUGCCACCGCCUCGGAGCCACAGAACAUCCAAGGUCAGCGUCAGAGCCGGAGGAGGAGAAGCUCCCAAAGCAGCUCGACGUCAGCUUCGAGUCCAAACGAAGUAGAAGAAAACCUGGCGGAUCAGCUGAAAAGCGAAUGGCUAGGGCUGGGUACCAGAGAAGAAAAGACCGGAAGGCACAAAGAGGCAAGCCCUCGUGGGCACAAAAAGUCAAGGAGGUUUGCCCUGAUCGAGAGAGACAAGAAGAAGGAAAAGGAGAGUUCGCACGAAGCUUUGCAAGCUUCAGCUCUCCGUGCUGCAGUUCAGUCUGGAGACCCAAUUCAGAGCUUGCUGGCCCUGCAGCUGGCCCAGGCGCUGAAGCAGGAGAAAGCGGUAGGCCAUCGCCGUCGCCGCAGGUCCGGCGACAGCAGAAGCACAAGCCGCUCAUCAAACAGCAGCGAUUCCAGCAGUGGCUCGAGAGAAGAUCGGAAACUUCUAAAAGGCCACUCAAAAGCCGUCUACAGCUAUCGCAGGUCGGGCAAAAGAAUGUUCGCUCGACCCCUUCGUCAUGUGAAGAAGUUUGUGCAGGGCAUCCAGGAAGAGCUGGGGGCGGAGGACAAACCAUUCAGGAUCAUAGAUUACACGAAGAAGAUCAGCUGGGGCAAGCAAAGGAAUCUACAGCGUUGCCACCACCUGGUAGCACUGAUCUUGGAGUAUCUCUUGAAGGAGGAGUACGAAAAGGGGGCGUUGCAGUGUGUUCUCACGCUGCAGGCCAUUCAUCAGGCCAGCCUAGACAAUGGCGAGUGGCAAGUGGCCUGGCUGCUGACCCACACAGAGGACCCAUUCCAGAGAAAGCUGUUCGGGGGAGAUCCAAACUCCUUGCAGCACGUGACUUCGUACCUGCGGUCCAUGAACGAGCUGGCGAAGACCACGGAGAAUCUGAGGAGGAAAGGGUCCGGAAAGGGGGAAGCAGAGGAGCUGGAGAAAGUGCCACACGGGGUGGAGCCUCCGAACCCCACCAUGGGGUGCUACAAGGUUGCGCCAGAGGGGUAUGAGACUUACGGUGGGGAAAAGGGGAAGAAAUACCUGUUGGCCUUCAAGGUCAUUGCCAUGGGGGACCUUAACGCGGUGGAUCUGGCCCAACAGUCCUUUGAUAAAGCAGAAAAAUUUGUGGCGUGGGGGACGGAGCUGGACAGCCACAGCGGGCGCGCCGGGGCACCACUGCUGAAGCUCAAACAACUUUCGAGCUUACUGGGAAGAGUAUGCAAGUUGAAGGUUGUUUCAAAAAAGCUGCUCCAAGGCGUGACAGGCCUGCUGGUUCACCCAUUCAUGCACCGUCGCAGCAUGAUGUGCUUGUUGCAGGACACUUUCAUAUGGAUUGAAAAUCUUGAAGAUGGGGAUCGUAAGCCCAUGCCCAUUAGUGUAAGAGAAGAACUCCUGUCUUGCGGCUUGAUGCUUCCAUUAUGCCACAGCAACGUCAGAUGGCCCAUUUCGAGCCGUCUUGGGGCCAGUGAUGCAUCUCUCAGCAUGGGUGGUAGAGCAGCCACUAUAGUAACCCCAGGAGUGUCCCAAACCCUUUAUCGCUUUGCUGAACAUAAGGGGGAGCAUGUGCGUUUGGAUUGGGAAAAGGGCGCUGUUCAGCCACCCAGCUCAAUGAGACCCGCUCCUAGGGAACUGGAACUUUUGAUUUCUGAUUUGCCCUGGAACCAAACUGAGACCUGCAGUUUUGGCCACAAACAGCAUAUCAACAUUUUAGAGCUAAAAAUGAUCCUACGUGAGCUGCAAGAUUUAGUUCACCAAGGCUCUGAUCCUUUGCGUUGUGUGCUACUGGUGGAUUCCCGGGCCGCAGCAGGUGCUUGGUCGAAAGGCAGAUCAUCUUCAAAAAAUUUGAACCGUAUCUUACGUAGAGCGCUGGGUUGGACUUUGCUGGGACGUAAGACCCUCCAUUUAGUUUGGGUUAGGUCGGAGUGUAACCCUGCCGAUUAUCCUUCAAGGGGUAAACGUAUCCCUGAACCAACAGGGCCCCCUAAUGAGCUUUCAAAAGAAAUUUUUGGGCCGGUCGAACCGCGAUAUCUGGAGGGAAGUCCGCAAACAGCAAUCCGACGCUGGGGAUCCAAUCAGUCCUGA